AUGUCUAGGCAUAUUGUCAACCAUGUUUUCAAACCUUUGGUUCAAUAUGUGCCUCGAAAUCUAAAGGGGAAAAAUACAAACCCCUUGCCUAUAGGAAACUUGGCUAAACUAAAGAUCAGUCCUGAAGAAAUGCAAAUUAUUCGGUCAACACGGAAGCUGGCGAGAUCAAAUUAUAUGACUAUGUAUUGUAUUCCAAGGAUUUGGUUAUUUUCCUUUAUAGAAAGACUAAACUCAAAGCCGUUUCGAUAUCCUAUCCUGCAUUACAGCGGUAGCCCUAUCCGUUUAUCCAUUAGAGCUGGGAAGAAAGGAGUUCACAAAAGUGCAGUGAUUCGUUCUCAUAGCUCACGACGGCUGAGGCAAGCGUUCAUUGAUGUUUUGGAAGCUUUACAUCACAACGGACAUCGUUGUCUUCCAGAUGAACCCGUGGAUGUAAUCGUCGAUACUUUCAACGGUGGUACAAAAGAUAUUUCUUAUGAAACCUUGUUUUAUGAUAUACAGCGCUCUUGGCUAACGUGUCUCAAUACCUAUCAUAGUCAGAAGCCUCCUAAUAUUGAAGCCCUUUAUCAUGAUUGUGCGAACGUUGUCACAUUCGGUUCUGACAAUAUCAUUCUCUAUAGAAAAUGA